UUUAUUCCUUUCCCUCCACGAGCACAGCCGCAUCGCCCCAAUCCAUCCACAACGUAUCCCCUUUCUCUUUGAAACCCUAAUCGCAGAGCAGCCAUGCUUCUCUCCCCUGGUCAUUCCCCUCGCCGGAUCUCGACUCCCCCCUCCGCCUCCACCCUACCCUUCGACGGAGCUACGCCCUCCUCCGCCUCCACCUCCACCGCUGUCAACCCUCGGAAGCGUGGCGCUGCCGUCCUCGACGAGGAAUCUUACGUCUCUGUCAUAGAGCGCAUCAUCGAGCGCGACUUCUUCCCCGACAUCCCCAAGCUCCGCGACCGCCUCGACUGGCUCGAGGCUGUCCGAUCUGGCGACCCCGUCCUCAUCCGCGACGCCCAGCUCAAGAUCCUCGAGCGCCGCGCUGCCGCUGCUGGGGGACCAGGCGCUGCCACCGCCUCCGCUCGUCGUUCCAGGACCCGCACCCCUGGGUCAUCAUUAUUUCCCUCCUUCUCCGCCACCCCCUUCGGUUCGACGCCUUCGGCCCGUCAUGCCUCCAGCGACCCAGCCGCCCAGACCGCGCCGGAUGAUCCCUUGGCUGACAUCGACACGUCUCUCUCACUGGAUGACUUCCUCCGCCGGUACACCAGCGAGGACAACGAGAGCUUUUCUAAGAUCUUGGAGAAAGUCAAUCGAAAGAGGAGGGAGAAAUACGCCCACCUGCUGGAAGGCGAGAAGGAACCAGGUUUACGAACCCUAGAAGAGGAGAAGAGAGACCGGAUAACCGAUGGGUACGGCACCUCUGGGCAACCUGUGAGCACGUUGGAGGAUUGGAAAUACACGGCUAAGAAUCUCCUCAUGUAUAAUCCUGAAGAAAAGGGGGAGGCGCCACUGACGGAGGAGGAGCGGGCCGAGCGCCUGAAAGGCCUCACCAAGCAGAUCGAGCGUUCCAACACCCGAUUUCAUGGGAAAUCAGCACCCGAAGCUCAGCCGACAAAGGACGAGGAAGCGGCUGCCAUCCUUUAUGCCCCUGUCGCUGGCACCACUCCUGCUGGUGCUGCGUGGCCGUUUGCUAAUCGAGAGGCUGAGAAAUCAAAAAGCUAUGACUUGGAAGAUUUGAGGAAGACACCGAACCCCAUGUAUGUGGAUUCCUCCAAGAAAGCUGAGAAUGGAUACAGCUUCGUUAGGACGCCUUCCCCUGCCCCAGGUGUUGAUGAAUCCCCCUUCAUGACGUGGGGAGAGAUAGACGGAACCCCUCUGAGAUUGGACCUUGAGGAGUCACCUGUUGAUAUAGGAGGAAGUAGUGACGGGCCUCAUUUUCGAAUCCCACUGCCUUCAUCUCGUGAUGUGAAAGCUCAUUCCUUGGCGAGGGAAGCUGCACGAAAGGUGAGGGAAAGGUCCAAGAUGUUUAAGAAGCCGCCACUUCCAUCGCCUGCCAGAGGAGGUAGUGCCAGCCCAAAUGUGCGAACUCUUUCUCCAGCUGCUCAGAAGUUUGUGAGAAGAGCCAUUGCCAAAUCUUCAAGCUCCGUGGAUGAGACUCUUCGAGCAAGCUAUCGUGGGUCUAGCCCAUUUUCUAGCACUCCUAAAGAGAAGUCGAGGUUUUCUAGAGAUGGAAGCUUAGCAUCAAGUUCUCCUCCAUCAAGGCCAGGGUAUGCUUCACCUUGGUGAUGUAGACUUCCUUCCGCCCUAGGUCUACAUAACAAAUGCUUGUUUUUCUUUUCUCUUAUGCCUACUGAUGCAUGAUAGGCACAUGACAAGAGUUUUCGCCUGUUCUAUCUCCAUAGCAAGACUGCACUGAUAGUGUCACUAGUAAUUUGUGAUUACUGAAUUUUUGUAUAUGAAGUUUGUAUGCUGUAUACUUGCCAAAAAAAAAAAACUUUUAAAAUUAAACCAUUUACUAAUGCAAUUACC